AUGUCUUCGCCCACGUACAAGAACGUCAGACAAUGGACGAACGAGAAGCGAAUCAAGUUUACCGAAUUGGCUUCCCAAGACCCAAUGUAUCCUACACCUAAUUCCAACCAGCCACCCAUAGACCCAGGGGCCACCCCCACGGCCACCUACGCCAUCAUCGGAGCUGGACUCACCGGAUGCAGCGUCGCCCACACCAUGCUUCGCCACAGGUUCUUCGAGAAUGACACCAUCGUCGUCCUCGAAGCCCGAGAUGUGGCUAGCGGUGCAAGUGGGAUUACCCAUGGUCAGGUCGCACCAGCAACGGCAAUGGACUGGGGGGAACUGGUGCGAACAGUUGGGGUGCGGAAUGCUAACCAGGCGGUUGCGCUUUCGCACAAGAGUCUCGCACGUUUGGCCGAAGUCGUUUCGUGUCUUCGUGCAGAGGAUAAGGAGAAAGUCCAGUUUCGACCAGUUAAAAUUGUGACAAAUUUAAUGGCCCCCGAAGCCCGGGGUCUGUAUCGACGCUGGGGCCCUGCGUUUCAGAAGAUGUUUGCACACCUAGGUACUCAGUUUACGGAGAAGGAUGCCGGGGAGGCUGGGACUACGUAUCGAUUCCGGAUUCCGAGUACCUGGGGGGCUGUCGAGGGCCUGGGGGCAACCCUGAAUCCCAAAGCACUCGUCGUUGCUCUAUUUAACGACAUGUUGCGUGAGAACAAGGAGCGGUUCUCCGUCCAGACUCACACGGCUGUUCAAGAUAUCGAGUACAGUGCCGUUAACGUUCAGUUUCCGUACUUGGUGCGCACCAACCGCGGUUUUUUGCGGGUAUCUUCGGUGAUACACUGCUGCAAUGGCCAGGCGGCACAUCUUAACGUUAGACUACGAGGGAAACUCUUCCCUUUGAAUCAUCCCAUGUCCGUACAGGGACUGACACCCCUCCCGCCGGACAACUCCAGCGAGUACACCUGGAGGUUAGUCCAGAGGCCGACUGUUGACUACCAGACCGGCACAUUUACACCAGGCCAGUACUCGGUGGUUCAGGAUGGACCCUCCCACGCGUACUACCUUGCAGGAGGACCGCAAACUGUGUCUGGACUUUUACCCAUGAGCGGAGAAGAUGCCCUGCAAUUAUCAAAGAACGAUCACCGCGAGCAAAUUCACCGGCUUUUCAGACAGCCUGUCGAGAGACUGGAGGAUUGGGUUGAUCUUGCUACAUCAUCAGCCGAUGAACCAUCUGAUGGCACCUAUAGGGCAGAUUGCCAAUCGCUGUUAUCCAAAUGCGUGGGCUACACAGCCGACCUUCGGCCCCUUGUCGGGGUCAUCCCAGUGCCUAAUGCAUACGAGCGACACAAUCGGCAGUGGAUUGCUGCGGGCUGCAACGGCCGGGGACUGGACAAAUGCUGGAUGAUGGGCGAGAGUCUUGUGGCCAUGAUUGCCGGUGAAUUCGUCGACCAUCGCCUUCCGGAGUGCUAUCAUAUCAAUCGGGACCGACUGAACACAAUGCACGCCCCGGACUUUCUAAAUCGGCUGCUGCAGGUCGCUGCCUAUGAGGACCGGACACCGGUUGAGGAUUAUCUGACUGCUAAUUAG